CAAUAAUAAUGCAUAUAUAAAUGUUCCGCGGUAAGCCGAGGCGUUAGUCAAUACAACAUAUCAAAAAGGAAAAGGUCGGGCCUGUGACCAUUUACCUUUCACCCUUGACAUUUACAACCUCCAUGACGUUAAUCUUGUCUUGGUUUCUUUUAAUUCCUCUUGUCUUCACUUAUUGCCCUAUUUAAGUCAUACUACCAUACCAGUCUUAUCAUUGGUGAUUUAUUCAACAGCGUCAACAUGGUACUUCGGCUAGGUACAGUUAGAUCUGCUGCUAAGAUCUCCCCCCUUCACGCGGGCCCUCGAGCUUUCGUGUCGUCUCGAUACUUCUCUAUACAGUCAGCUCAAAGACAAGAAGUUCGUGAUGCAUACAUAUUAAGUGCAUCGAGGACCCCGACUGGAAAGUUUAAUGGUGCUUUCUUGACGGUGUCUGCGCCACAGCUCGCCUCCGUUGCUAUCAAGUCAGCCCUAGAAAAGUCCAAAGUCCCAGUUAAGAAAAUAACCGAUGUCUAUUUGGGAAAUGUUUUACAAGCCUCCGUUGGCCAAGCUCCUGCUAGACAGGCGGUCAUUUUCGCCGGCCUUCCCAAGAGCGUCGAGGCCGUUACCAUUAACAAGGUCUGUGCCUCGGGCUUAAAGGCUGUAAUCUUUGCAGCCCAAAACAUUCAGCUUGGCCUAAGUGAGGCACAAAUAGCUGGUGGUAUGGAGAACAUGUCGCAAGUCCCAUACUACGUUCGUCGUCCAAGUGCCUUCCCUCCAUUCGGCCACGUUAAGAUGGAAGAUGGCAUUCUCAAGGACGGGCUAACAGAUGUAUAUGACCAAUUUCAUAUGGGGAUCUGCGCCGAAAAAACCGCCGAGAAGUACGGAAUUACUCGGGAGGCACAAGACGAGUAUGCUAUUCAGUCGUACCAGCGAGCGCAAGCUGCGUGGGAUAUCAACGCGUUUGCCGAUGAAAUCGUGCCCGUGGCUGUAAAAGGUCGGCGAGGCGACACUAUCGUUGACACUGACGAGGGAUACUCAGACGUCAACUUUGAAAAAAUUCCCACGCUAAAGCCAGCUUUCAUUCGUGAUGGCACUGGUACGGUCACAGCAGCGAGUUCCUCUACACUUAACGAUGGUGCUAGUGCGCUGGUUCUGGGAAGUAAGGAGAUCGCAGAGAAUUUUGGAGGUGUUUCUAGGGUCCUCUCGAGGAUAUGCGGCUAUGCCGACGCUGCUGUCGACCCAGUAGACUUUCCCAUCGCUCCAGCCCAGGCAGUACCAAUAGCAUUGAAGCGCGCAGGCAUCACAAAAGACCAAGUUGCGGUCUGGGAAUUCAAUGAGGCUUUUGCUGCAGUCAUCAAAGCCAACGAACAGAUCCUUGGUCUCGAAGGGGCGAGAGUCAACCCUCUAGGUGGUGCGAUUUCUUUAGGGCACGCACUAGGGAGCUCGGGAUCCCGAAUUCUCACAACAUUGCUACAUCAGCUCCAGCCAGGGGAGUAUGGUGUUGCCGCUAUCUGCAACGGGGGCGGUGCGGCUACCGCUAUAGUCGUUCAACGAGUCAACUCUGUAUCAUAAGGAUUCAACAAUUUGAAAAUAGCCAUAUUACGACCAAUAAUUCAACAUAUGAUAAUGUGACUUUGUGGUUUUCAAAAUAUGAUGAUAUUUAUCUAGUAUCCAUCUGGAGGAUGUUAUAGUGCAUUUCACAUGCAAAAACAACUUUAUGUAACAAUGAGGGUUAUACUACUAGUAGUAUUUAUAGAAUUGAGGGGGGGAAUUUAAAAUGGGGCCUCUCUUAAAUAGAUAUAUUAUGAAUAAAGUGCCAGGUACCAUGCUACCUAGUAGCGAA